UCGGCCAGAGUAGGAAGCAAAGCCCAAGACGGAUUAACAAGCACCCAGAUAACCUUAUCGAAACGAAACGGAAGCUAGCCCAGGCCGAAAUGCGGCUGUCACUAUUAGGAAUACCAUUUUUGAUCCUUUUGGUGACCCUCAAUUUUAGGGUCUGCUACUCCAGGUCCAACCACUCCGCCGGCUAUGAGCAGGCCACCAAGCAAAUCCUGGAUAGGGCAACUAGCCGCAUGCGCAAUGUUUGGGGCUUGAACCGUAAAAUCUUCUUGCAGCUUACGGCCAAGGGAAAGUCGCCGCUAGGAGGACAGGUCCUCAACGCCAAGCAGGAGGUGGAGGCUGAGACAUAUCGACUGUUUUACGAACUGGCGGGUAACUUGAGCGUGGUGCCAGUGGCUGAACUAAACGAUCCACUUUUGGGACGGCGCGUCCAGCGAAUGGCCAAGCUGCAGCUGCAGGGUCUGCGGCCAAAGGACUACGAGCAGGCCAAAGACCUUCUGCGGCAGAUACAUAACUUUGUCAGCGGCCCUCUGGUCUGCCCCCAUGAGGAUUGCUCCGCCCAUGGUCCGCUGUCAAUGUACCCGAAGAUCGUGAACAAGAAUAUGCACACCAAGCUAUACGAGGAGCUUCUUAUAAACUGGAAGUCCUGGCGCAGGGCCAUAAAUGAAAAAGACGUGGCCAAGAGCACGUUCAUCGACUAUGUGCGCUUGCUAAGAAUCGCUGCCACAUACAACGGGCAUGUAACUCCUUCGCGGACUUGGUACCUCAACUACGACACGGAGAACUUUCAGGCCGAACUAGAGGCAGUUGUGUGGGAGAUCAUGCCGCUGUACCGAGAGCUACACGCCUAUCUGCGGCACGAAGUGCAGGCCGCCUAUCCAAAGGCAGAUACCAAGAGCGAUGGCGCCAUAUCCGCACCCAUCAUGGACCAGAUUUUGUCGCAAGACUGGUACCCACACCAGUUCUUCCGCACUCCGCACCAAGGUAGGGAACACCAACUGCCCUCGGUUCACCGGCGCCUGGAAGAGGUCUUAGUGACGCCUGUCAAGAUUAACCGGAAGGCCGCCGAGUUCUUUGAGUCACUGGGCCUUAUUGUUAUGUCAGAUAAUUUUUAUGACCGAUUUUCCCGUCGAAUGAAUGACGAGGAAGGAGGAUCUGAGUGCAAGUCGCAAGUUUAUUACUUUCCUCCAGAUGUGGCGCUGCGCUACUGUCCGAAAUUGGACUACAAGAAGAUGAUGCAGAUCCACGGAACGAUGGCGGACAUACAGUACAACAUGUACAAAAUGCGACUGCCAUUCGGUCUCGACACAGAGCCGUGUCCUGGUUUCGGAGCGGCGAUUGCGGAAACAGUUAUUCUGGCGUCAGGCACGCCACGCCACUUGCAACGGCUCCACAUCCUACUGAACGACAGCCUCACAGAGGAGCAAUCCCUCAACCGACUUUUCCGCAUGGGUGUGCACACCUUGAUUGCCGUCCCGCAAUACUUUAUCAACGACAAAUUCCUGGUUGACGUAAUGGACGGGCGGAUAGGAGUUAAAGAUUACAACUGCGCUUACUGGGGUCUCCAGGAUAAAUUUGCUGGAGUCCAGCCUCCAACGCAACGCCACAACAGAGAUUUCGAUCUGGACUUUAAGUUCUAUCGUGGCUUGAAUCCGGAAACAUCAAACACAAAGAAGUUCCUCGCCGAGAUUCUGGGCUUUCAGUUCUACCGCUCCUUCUGCCUGGCAAGUGGCCAGUACAAGCCCGGAGAUCCUAAUUUUCCGUUGCACAACUGCGAUUUCUACGAGAGCAAGGAAGCGGGCAAGAAGAUGCGCGAAAUGAUGCAGCUGGGAGCUAGUCGCCACUGGCGAGAUGUCAUGGAAAUCGCCACUGGAGAGCGGAAGUUGAGCGGUCGCGGCAUCCUAGAGUACUUUGCCCCUCUCUUCACAUGGCUGAAGGAGCGCAAUAAGCAGCUAGACAUUGAACCAGGCUGGGAUGCGGAUGAAUUGUGUCGCAGGGACUAAAGCCCCAUGUCCAGUUUGUAUUUGAAACUUUACUAAGCGUAUCAGCGUGCCUUAACAUAGUCAAUUUACCUGACAAUAAAAUAUGAACAUCAA